AUGAGCCAAAAUGGAUAUAGACCGACGGAUCUGACCAGCGAGGACUUGACCACUGAGGCUAUUGAGACGCUCUAUGAUAUCGUGUCUUUGGCGCAGAAAUCGACGGAUAACCCCUCGCGCGCCCUCUUCGAUGCGUACAACAAUGUUCUAGAGUCAAAACAUAAACUGCCUAGCGAUGAUGCCGUCCUCCACCGCUUCCUGUCCCAUAUGCAGGAGCAUGGACGUGAGGGCGAGGACUUGUUCUGUCGUUUCCAGCGCGUCAUGUUAGAGUCUUUUGGUUAUGAAGUCGAGCGAGGCACCGAGGAGAUUCAAGCAUUGUCUAAUGUAGACGAGACCCACAACCAAGCGCAGCCGACCUUGGGACGAACAGGAAGUUUCGACUCGUUCCUUGACGGGACUGCAGACAAGGUCGCCGGGGUUGAAUAUGGUGAUCUAGCCGUGCGCCCAAGGAGAGCAUCACAGCAACGUGUCCCGGAUGGUUAUGGCGACAGAGCCCGCCAGCGGCGCUCGAGGUCGGAUACAGAGGCGCAUUCCUCCCAGCCAGCGCAGUUUCCCGUGCGCGCCAAAGUGAACGGCAACGUGCCUCGCCGCUCAACCUCGGCGCAACAACCCCCGGCUCACAAGCGCAGAGUUUCUGUCUCCAGUCGCGGCAGUCUGCAGAUAAGAAGAGGUGGACCAGUAGAGACGCGCAAGAUCGUAAAUCACGACGCAGAUGAGAGCGACUUGACCGACCGUACAGCCAGCUUCGAUAUCUCUAGUAUCCAGAUACCGGGUGUCAACGCGCCCAUCCCCGAUGAUCGUUACGAGUCCCCGCGUCAGCAGCAGCCCUUUGCUCCCGAACCCUUUCGACCUUCUGACACGCGGUUGAUGGACGAUGCCGAGACGUUUGAAGAACAACGGAUACAUCGAGUGACAAGGGAAUGCAUCCGGAUAUGGCGCGACCGCACACAGGCGCGUUUGAACAUGCGCGACGACAUGGAGCGAGCCGCCAUUGCCUUUGACCGUCAGGUCCUGCUUAGGGCUUCUAUCGUGCAGCUACGUGAUACCGCUCUCAUGAGGCGAUCUGCUCGAGAGACAAAUCGCUUCUUCGAUCGGCUGGAGACGAGAGCCGACAAGGCCCGGAGUCUCUUUCUGCUCACCAAAGCCUUCACGCACUGGGCAAAAUGCGCCGAGGAUGAGGUCCAACGCACAUCGGUCGCCCGGCGCCAUAUCUUACGUACACGAUUCUUCAACGGCUGGCGCGACAUUACAGCGGUCAAUGAGCUCAAGAUUCAGCACUUUGCCCUCGCGAAAUUCCUCUCCAGAUGGCGUGCACGUACGGCUGAAGUGAGAAACAGAGAUCAGUUCGCUGGCGAAUACUAUGAAGAUAAACUCGUCAAUCGGUCGUGGAAGGCAUUGAACGAUGCGUACCUGGAAAGGGGAGCGUCAAAUUGGCAUGACAAACGAGUGGUCAGGACCUCCCUGCAGAAGUGGCACGUAACAGCGGAAACCCUAAGAGAACGGGAUGCUUGGGCUACUGAUCGGCGGGAUGCUACGGUCUUGCGAAAGACCUUUCGGGCGUGGCGACAGAGAACCGCAGCUGUCCAGACCAUGCAAUCACAAGCGAAUGGCUUCCAGCAGAACAGCAUACUUCGCACAGCUUUUCACGUAAUACAGAAGCAGGCACAACUCGAGCCGCUGCUUCGACAGUUCCGGGCGCGCACUGAUCGCCGCGUACUGAGUACGGCUUUCCAGGAUUGGCGUAAAGACGCCCAGCUAUCACGCCAAGCUCGCAAUGUCGACCGAAUGCGUGUCCUACGCAACGCUUAUACUGCUUGGAAUGACAGACUACGCAUAAAGGCUUUGGAAGACCGAAUCAACGAUCGUCUGAUCGUAGAGUCGCUCUACAAAUGGACACUGGCAUCUAGGGUAUCUCUUUUCCAACGCGUACACAACCGGCAGCUCAAGGAAUCCGUUUUCUUGACAUGGAUUACCAGGACGAACCAGCGCACGAACACUUUGGAUGCGGCGGAACGACGGUUUGUGCAGUUUAAGCGAAAUCAAUUGUUGCGGACCUGCCUGCGUAAGAUGGAGGCCAUCACUACGGUGAAAAGAGCAGAAGAGUUUGCGAUAGUGGCAGAAUACCAGCAGAAGCUAAAGCAAAGAAUAUUUGACAAGCUCAAAGAGAGGCAAGAGCACUUCCAGCUGUUGAACCAAUGGUCGGCAGACGCACGCUUCUACGUCCUCGGCAAGCAUACGCUAAAGACAUGGAGCGAAGCUACACAGCAUGCACGCCGCAACCGCAGGCGCGACGCCUAUUCGCAAGUCCGUAGAACGGUCAAGACGAACCUUGUGCGAAGAGUGUUCGAACAUUGGAGAAGCAAUACGAAUCAUGUUGCAGCGCUCACUCAGAGAGCGAAUGACAUGUGCGACAGCCGCACUCUGCAAAAUAGUGCUGCAAUCAUACAUCAAUGGCACGACCGCAUGCUUGUACUUGGCCAGCAGGAUGCUCAGGCUGCCAACCUUCAUGCGUUCAAAGUCUCUACUCGCUACCUCACGCAUUGGUUAGAGCGCAUCAACACGCUUCAAACUAUGGACGCUCAGGCUGUAGCUCUCCGACAAGAGAGCACCGAGCUCGCUGCUACAGGCGCUCUCAAGAAGAUGGGCUGGCGACUAUGGAACAUUCACCGACAAGAAGACAAUGCCAGAGCCUUGUUCGACAGGAACUUUGAGAAGCAUGUUAGGGCCAUGGUACGCUUCUGGUUGGAGAGGGCCAAUGAACGGCUUGCAGAACGUUCUGCAAGUCCAACGCCUAGGCGGAGAAGGCGCCGUGAUGACGAUCAUGACAACGGCAACAAUGGCGGCGACCGCGCAGGCUUGGGUGAUCGCCUCGACAAUGACAAAAGUGAUCAAGGUGGCCUAGACCAGCCCGGCGAGGAAACGCAACGUCUGGAAGGCUGGUCUGCGUUCGACGAAACAGCACUAGGUCUGAACAAUGACCUUGAUCUCUCCCUAUCGAUUACACCAGAGCAGCCCAAGCGGUACCCGAGCUUCACGCCUAAUGCAUACUCUCGUCCUCCGCUCUCAUCGUCAGCCCGGCCACCAGGUUCCAUUCUCCGUCGCUCAACUACAUUUGGCCAGUCACAAUCCGCGUUUCGACCUCAGCCAGCGACUAUUGCUGAAGACGAAGAGUCCGAUAUUGAUUUCUUCGACGCCGCUCAAUCAACCUUCUGGACGGGAACGCCCAUGCCUCCUCCUCCAACAAGUAAACCCGGAUAUCUCAAGACGCCAUCGAAACGUAGUGUAGCUCGAGCCAAGCACCCAGAGCUACCCCCUAGUCCGGAGAAGCAGCUACGUGUGCAGAGUCCCUCUUGCCCAACCCCACCUUCCUGUCGUCUGUGA